AUGGAUUAUACCAGUCACAGUUGGGGUUCCACUUCCAAUGCGUUCAUAUUUUCUCUCCGCAACAAAGAAGGUCUUGGACCAUUUAAGAGCAUGGUAACGAACCCAUCAAAAGCAAUUCGCAAGUACUCAGGUUACGGUCCAUCAUUUGGAUCGCAGUAUAGCAUCUACAUCGCUAACAAUGCCAACAGUAACACUCAUUCCUACACUAACUUUGGCUACUCUUACUCUGUUCCAAGUGGAGUACAAAACAAGUACACAAUCCUGGCUGGGACUCGUAACUUCACACCUGAUGAGGUGGAGGUGUUUUAUCUUGGCUGA